AAAGAUGAAAAAUUAAUAAGCAUUCUUUGUUUCCAUGUUAAGAAUGAGACCGGAAUGCGAUACUCAAAAGACAAUCUAGAUGCAGACAAAAGAAAGGAAUCCGAUAAAUCGGGACCUGAUAAAUCAGCUCGACUGAGCACACAGAUGAGGCGUGCAGUCAAUCCGAAUCACUUGCUGAGAUGUUGCCCCAUGCGGUGUCACCAGUCGUGUAGACGCUGCCUUUGUGCAGUUGAGGGAACUAGCCCCUGCCACACUAUGCGUAUUUAUAUUCACAUGUGCCUGUUGUGGGAGCAGGGCCGGCAGAUCACCAUGAUGAGGGUGAAGACUGAUUUGGGAGGGGAGAUCCAGGCAACUGGGGGCUCCCAAGAAUUAUCAAUGCCAAAGAAAGAGACUGGAGGGUCCCACGAGCGCAAUCAAUGGUCCCGACCACCACGGAGCCCAUCCAAGGGGCCUCCAACAGUAGAUGAUCCCAGAAGCAGGAACAUCAAUAUUAAGCACCCCACCAGCUCGGCCGCCACCUCCCGGACCUCGUCAGCCUCCGCCAGCCAGCACGAGACGCCUCCGCAACACCUGUCCACGCAAGCCUCGCCGUCGCAGCCGCGGGCGCUCACGCCGCAGGACUCCCGGCCCCCGACGCCCCCCGACCCGGAGCCGCCCUCCCGGAGGAGCACCAAGAUGUACGACAACCACAGCUCCGAGUCCUGGACCCACGGCGCGGGGCGCGAGGCCCGCGAGCACCGCGAGUCCCGGGAGCCCCGCGAGCCCCGGGAGCCCCGCGAGCCCCGCGAGCCCCGCGAGCCCCGCGACUACGCGCACAGCUGCGACUCCCGCGACUCCCACCCGCUGCCCGCGCCGCCGCCGCAGCGCGACUACCCGCACCCCACGGCCCAGCCCACCGAGUGGAAGUCCUACGCCCAGCGCCGCCUGCUCUACCCCUCCGUGGACGUCGACCGCGAGUGCCUGUCGGAGCUGCAGCAGCAGCAGCGCCGCCAGCUGCAGCGCGAGGACGAAGACGACGACGAGGCCUACUGGGCCUCCGUGAGGUCUCAGUAUGAGAAGACCCCCAGCUGCUCGCGACCCCGGCCGCCCAAGCCCAAGCACGCCAUCACCAUCGCCGUGUCCUCCCGCGCGCUCUUCAACAUGGUGGACGACAGGAGGAUCUACGAGGAGGAAGGGCUGGAGAAGUACAUGGAGCACCAGCUCACCAAUGAGAACGUCGUUCUGACCCCAGGGCCCGCGUUUCGCUUCGUCAAGGCACUACAGCACGUCAACUCAAGACUCCGUGAUCUGUAUCCUAAUGAACAGGACUUAUUUGAUAUUGUGCUGAUGACUAAUAACCAUGCCCAAGUGGGAGUGCGGCUUAUAAACAGCGUCAAUCACUACGGUUUGCUUAUUGAUCGCUUCUGUUUGACUGGUGGAAAAAGCCCCAUUGGCUAUUUGAAGGCAUAUCUUACCAACUUGUAUCUUUCUGCAGAUUCUGAAAAAGUACAAGAAGCAAUACAAGAAGGUAUUGCCUCUGCAACAAUGUUUGACGUAGCCAAAGAUGUGGCUUACUGCGAUACGCAGCUCCGUGUGGCCUUUGAUGGGGACGCUGUCCUUUUCUCUGAUGAGUCCGAAUACAUUGCCAAGGAGCAUGGACUGGACAAAUUCUUUCAACACGAAACAAUGUUUGAGAACAAGCCUCUUGCCCAGGGUCCUUUGAAAGGCUUUCUGGAAGAUUUAGGCAGACUGCAGAAGAAGUUUUAUGCCAAAGACGAACGGUUACUUUGUCCUAUUAGGACCUACCUGGUUACAGCCAGAAGUGCAGCCAGUUCAGGCGCCCGUGUGCUGAAGACCCUUCGCCGCUGGGGUCUAGAAAUAGAUGAAGCCCUUUUCCUUGCUGGAGCUCCAAAAGGUCCCAUUCUGGUGAAGAUCCGGCCCCACAUCUUCUUUGAUGACCAGAUGUUCCACAUUGAAUCAGCCCAGAAAUUCGGCACCAUCUCGGCUCAUGUACCUUAUGGCAUUAGUCAAAAAUACAAUAAUUAGUGAUUGUAAGAAGAAAUAAAGCAGUGACAGGCUGGUAUUACCAAUGGUACGUCUUUUGGAUGUCAAGAAUAAGUAGGUGUCGGAAGAUUGGACCUCAUAACUUAGUGCCUCUGUAAAGCUUUUCUCUUCAUUUAUUUGAAAACAUUUUACAUUGUCAAGUUACCACCAAGCUCCUUUUUUAAAAGCCAACAAUGCUAA